AUCUUAUCAGAGUGGCCAUAGGUCGUGGUCGUCUAUUCCCACUCCUUUAUCCUCCAGUUUCCAGUUCUAUGUGGAGAAGAGAUCAUAAUGGACGGGUUGUCUCUGACUUCGGCGAUCCUCCUUCUGUCGCAUUUAUUUGUGUCUUGUAGUGGAGACUAUUCUACAGGAGCACUCCAGGCCAUAAGAUGUACUUUGUCACGGACUUUGCCAGAGGAUUGUUCCAGUCUUCCAGAGGUAAUGGUUCCCAGUUGUUUAAUAGUUGCGUACAACGACAGUCCCAGUACGCUACACAACGCUUUACGCGCAGGCAAAUUGAGUCAGCUGACUGAUGGGCAAGUUGCUAGUCUUCCUCUCAGUUUGCUAUACUUCAUUCCGAUAAGUCGGCUUGCAGAACUCAACGGCACACAGUUGGGCAUCAUCAUCCAAAAGCACGCGAAAGACACAAGCCUUGCACGCCAGGUCAUAGCGAGUGUGCAGAACACAAGGCAGCAGUUCCAGCUGUUGCACAAGCUGAAAGCAUCGUCUUUGCCUCAAGAUGUGGCACAAGUGGUGGGAGAAGGCAUCAAAAAGUCAGAUCUGAAGGAGGUCUUCGUCAAGACGCUUCCAAAAUUCGAAGAACCCAUCUUAGCGUACGUACGUCCGAAUACUUACCUCAGGCUGGCCGUUGACACUGUCUAUGCAAUAAAUUACCUACUAAACGAGUUCGAACUGUCCAAGAUUCCAAAAAAAUCCACCAUUCGAGUUAUUGCUCAAGCCAGCAUUAGAAAUCACUUCCCACUGCCAAAAGUGUACUGGCUUCUGAGUGGACUAUCACCCGAUGAGAUCAAGAACGACUCCUUGGUUCGUCAACUGGACAGGAGCAGCUUCAAACUUGACCUUGACAGUAUGCAGGCAAGAGCCGUCUUCGAGACUCACUACCAAGGUCGUCAACUACGUGGAGGAGACUACAUAGACAGUAUAUCUCUGCUAGGAAGACUAUCUCCCAGCCUUCUUCAGAAGUUCCCAGUCCAGGAACACAGAUAUGAAAUUCUUCAGGUUAUUCCUAAGCCUCACUCCCUACCUACAGCGUACCAGCUCAUGGAGUACGUGAAGGCUGACUGUAGAAAGACAGGGAAGUUGCCAUUACAUGAAGAGGAAAUGUGGGGCGUGCGUAUCCAUUACAUGGGCCAAUGGGUGUACACCCUGCCUCUGGAGAUCCUGAGGGAGUACCUCCAUACUCCUCUGGACACGGCUUGGCUGAGAACUGUACAAUCACCUGCUCUGUCACCCAUCCAGGCGUACUACCUGACUGGGAAAGGGGAGGUGCUGAAUGCCGGAGCAGCAAACACCCUGAUGGACUUGGACACUAUGCUGCAUGCUCUGCCAGCCAGUGAGCUGGUCAGCCGCUAUUCAGGGAAUAUUAGCUCUAAUGUACUUCAACACCUGACAGCUAACCUCCCUGGCGGUAACAUACCCAGGACUAUCGCACUUGUCAAUAAAAUAUCACAUAUCUUAGACGAACCAUUUAUUCUGGAGAAUCUACUGAACAGCUCUAAUCUGAACAAUAUCAUGAGCCUGGUGCCCCCUAAUGAUUUCAAGAAGGCCGGCAUGAGGUUCAUACACUGGUCGAUCACUAACCCAGAGUCUGUGGAGAAGAUACAGCAGAUGCCACAACCCAUUUUGGCAGCUCUACUUGAAAUGGUCAGAGAAGAUAAGAAAGAUGUUGGGUGGAGUUGGCACUACUUGUUGGAGAGGAAAGAAGUCAGGCAGCUGAUUGGUGGGAUGACUUGUGAACAUAUUGAGGAGAUGGAUACCGGCCUCUUUAUCCCCAUAAUUUCUAUGUACAACAGACAGCGGCAACAGAGUUUUCCAAAGAAUCUCCAGCAGUGUUGUCUGAGGAAGCUGAUGGAACAUUUACAACUCAAGAUGACUCUUACCCAAACUCAUUCUGACUUUGGUCUCAUCUCAAUGCUCGAACCUGUUGAGAUAGAAUCACUUGGAGGUUUUGUGCUGGUUGGCCUACCAGUUGAAGCCCUGAAGGCUUCACAGCACCUGGACCAUAUCUUGGCAACCAUUGGAAAACUGUCCAACACAGAUCUUCUGAUGGCAGCUAACAUCAGCCAUUUACAAGCAGUAGCCCAUCUUGCUAUCAAACAGGAUGGCAUCGUAGAUGUGUUCACCGCCGGCAACCUUGUGUGGUUUUUGCCGCCCAAGUCGAAGGUUCCGGAGCUCAAGUUGAUGUUGGAGGCAAAACUGUUAGAUACGACCAUCUGUGUACCAACUGCAUCUCGUCGCAACUUCGCAGCCAUCCUGCUUAGUCAGUUCGGGCCUGCAGUUAACUGGAGUGGGGGUGUGUUGGCAACACUGCAGGAUCUGUUGGUCGUGUUCACGCAGGAGGAGUUGAGCAACGUGAGCAAGUCUGCGUGGACGGAAGCUGCAGACUGCUUAAAGACUCACUAUGCCGAUGAUGUAAACUUAGUUUCAAGCACACCGUUCUAUCAGUUUUGUUCGGGAAUUCUAGGAAAGUCUGAGGAGGUUGAGAUGAUGUCAGCUGUGAAGAUGCUGACAAAAUGGCUUCUGACAGCUGCUCAAUGGCAGCUAGACACCGUGUUACACGUGGGUGCUCCGAAAACGUCAGAGUACUGGUUCUCUGGAAAUCUUGACUGGCUGAAUCAUCACGAGGCCACACCCGUUGGCGUUUUUUCACCUGACCCUGAGACUACCUCAAUGUCAAGUGAAGAACCAUCCUCGACAACCGUAGAGACUUCAACUGUCACCGAGCCAACCACAUCGUCGACUGAAACCUCGACAGCUCACCAAACUACUCAUACAGUUGUUUCGAAGAGUUCAUCUUCGACUUCAAAGAGUACGAGAGCCAGUGAGAAAACAACUACUCCACCCUACAUCACAGAAGGGAAUACCACCGACAAAGGCAUGCCUCAUGAAAAUAGUCACAGCGUAGUCGACUCACCCGUUGUAAAUAAUGUUACAAUACCCACAACUGUGGAAUAUCAGAGUACACCAGUGAAACUCAAUGUCACUGAUGGAAGUCCAACAAAUUCUACUUCGAAGAAUGGAGAAUAUUUUGACAAACAAGACAAAAAUUCAACCUUAAAACCUGAAGGAGGCGUUGAAAUAAAUAAUGAAGAACAUCUAAACAUUAAUUCUUCAUCAGAAGCUGUGGUGAAACCACACGAAAAUGAUUUGGAAGGACACAAUAAAACCACCAAUACUUCAAGUUAUGAAUCCACCACAGUAAAGACCAAUAAUACUCAGGUAGAUGUAAUCAAGCCUCAGGACACCAAUUCUACUGAAUUCUCUCCACAUGGAAAGAAUGGUCUACCAAUUAAUGGAUCCCUCCAUACAAGACAGAUUGGAAUGGGUGAACUGGAAACAAAUAUUCCACCGACAUUGCCCAUGCCUCAACAAAGCAGUGACAAUGGUAAAAGUGACCAUGAAAACACUAUUCAAUAUGAUGAUCAGUCAGUAACCACAAUAAAGUCCCACACCAUCUUACACGAUCCAUCAAAGAAAUUAACAGAUGUGGAAGAGAAUACAGUGGUUUAUGAAAGCUCAAAUAAAAAUAAAAACACUAUUAUUGAAGGUAUUGAAAAAGUGACUGAAGAAGAAACAUCAGCAGAUUCCAAUCUUCGGCAAAAAAGAAACAGUGCCAUUUCCACCAAGGUGACAUGCAAUGCUGUGAAGAUGGUUGGGAAACAGGCGGGUCUUGUCAUAACAGAAGGUGACCUAGAAGAAAUGUCCGACUCCGACAUAGAUGACUGCAAAGUGGAAUUUGGGGCCAUGGAUUUAAGUUUUGAGCUUCGCAAGAGUAUUUGGAAGAGAAUCAACUUCAGCUAUUUGCAUGGAAUUCACCUUCUGGGGAAUCUGCUGCAAGCGUCGGCUGUAGCUGACUUCUGGGACGUGGAUUAUAACGUCAACAGUCCUUGGGCGCUAGAGAUCAUUCAUGCCAUCACCUCACACUUCAAUUACACCAUGAAUCCUGUUGUUGUAAACAAAAUGGUGAGAGACGUGCAAUCCAAAAACGAGGAAAUAACCACGGAGCUGGUGGCAGCCCUGGGUGUACAAGUCUGUCGUCUUGACCCCCUGCAGCUGACCACGGUUGGAGGAGGACCCUGGCCCGAGUUCCAACAGUGCCCCACCUGUCUAUCUCAACUUGUACGUGCCGCCAUUCAUCAACACGGCCCUGUCGCAGGGUGGACCCAACACUACGUUCACUCACUGCACGGCAUUGUUGCAGGACUACAACUGGACGAGUGGAGAGAGCUGAUAGAUUUGCCAAGCAAGCCUCUAGUAGCGCUUCAACCAGCUGCAGUCAAAUGUCUCAACAGUAGUCAUUUAAAGGUUCUUAAACCAAAUCACAUCUCGAUGAUUCCAACAUUGACGUUGCUCUCGUUCUCCCAGGAGCAGGUCGAAGCUCUGGACACCGAACAGUUACUGGCUUUCAAAAAUGUUACUGAAUUGUCAGUGCCAAAAAAUCUUUUACCUACUGUCUCUAAGAAUAUUUACUACACUGCAGGAAUUCCUUCUAGUGCUUCCAGCCACAUCUUGGCUUCUGCUUGUAGCUUAAUGCUUGUUUUCCUGGCUCUUACCAUUUUCAGGAUUGUGUAGAGAUAUUAUGCUUUAAAAGUAAGUAACCCUUAUCUAAUAUUAUUCAUAUGAAGUUGGAUUGUAAAUUUAAUAUAUUUUUAAAAAGGUUAGUUUUAGGUGUAGCACUAAUAAUUUAGCAUUGUUACCAGGAUUAGUGUAGUUUAACAAGCUGUAAGCUUUGAUGUGUGUAAAAUAAAACAAAAUUGUUGUAUCUUUUAUUAAUAA